AAAUGGCUCCACUAAGUGCCCGUAUUGGUCCUUCGAUUCUGAACGCCGAUCUUUCUCAACUACACGAGGAAUCACAAAAGUUGCUCGCGAAUGGAGCAGACUAUCUGCAUUUGGAUGUAAUGGAUGGUACGUUUGUGCCAAACCUUACCUUCGGCCAUCCCGUAGUGAAGUGUUUGAGGAACAAAAUCAAGGAUGCAUUUUUCGAAACACACAUGAUGGUACAGGCUCCACAGCAAUGGAUCGAACCGAUGGCUGAUGCCGGCGUACAGCAGUACACGUUUCACAUCGAACCGGUUCUCGAUACGGUGCCGGACGUCUGCCGGAAGGUGCGCGAAGCUGGCAUGAAAGUUGGUUUGGCCAUCAAACCGGGCACGGCAGUAGAAAUGGUACAGCAGUACAUCGAUGCCGCGGAUAUGGUGCUGGUAAUGACGGUGGAGCCCGGUUUCGGGGGACAAAAGUUUAUGGCCGAUAUGAUGCCGAAGGUGCAGUGGUUAAGGGAACACUACCCUUCGCUGGAUAUCGAGGUAGAUGGAGGUGUUGGGCUCGGUACGAUCGAGCAGUGUUCGAAGGCGGGAGCUAACAUGAUCGUGGCUGGUACUGCGAUCAUUCGUGCCGAUGAUCAGGCGGCAGUUAUUCGCGAUCUGAGAAAUUCUGUGCAGAGUGUUAUCAAUAGUGGAGUGGACAAUCUUGAUAUUGGUCCAGGGCAGCAUUAA